CUGAAGACCUCUCAUUAGAAGAGAGAGAAGAACUCCUAGACAUUCGUAGAAGAAAAAAGGAACUUAUUGAUGACAUUGAGAGACUGAAAUAUGAAAUUGCGGAAGUGAUGACGGAGAUCGACAAUCUAACUUCUGUAGAGGAAAGCAAAACUACUCAGAGGAACAAACAAAUAGCUAUGGGAAGAAAGAAAUUCAACAUGGAUCCCAAAAAGGGAAUUCAGUUUCUAAUAGAAAAUGACCUGCUACAGAGUUCCCCAGAAGAUGUCGCCCAGUUCCUUUAUAAAGGAGAAGGCCUAAAUAAGACUGUCAUUGGGGACUAUCUAGGGGAAAGGGAUGAAUUUAAUAUUAAAGUGCUUCAAGCUUUUGUGGAACUCCAUGAAUUUGCUGAUCUCAACCUCGUACAAGCCUUAAGGCAGUUCUUGUGGAGCUUCAGGCUUCCAGGGGAGGCUCAGAAAAUUGAUCGCAUGAUGGAGGCUUUCGCUUCUCGAUACUGCCUGUGCAACCCUGGGGUCUUCCAGUCCACAGACACGUGCUAUGUGCUGUCGUUUGCAAUCAUCAUGCUCAACACCAGCCUGCACAACCACAAUGUGCGUGACAAGCCCACGGCAGAGCGGUUCAUAACUAUGAACCGAGGUAUCAAUGAGGGCGGGGACCUCCCCGAAGAGCUACUAAGGAAUUUGUAUGAAAGUAUUAAGAAUGAACCAUUUAAAAUCCCAGAGGAUGAUGGGAACGACUUAACACACACCUUCUUCAACCCUGACCGGGAGGGCUGGCUCCUAAAGCUGGGAGGGCGUGUGAAGACCUGGAAGCGCCGGUGGUUCAUCUUGACAGAUAACUGCCUGUAUUAUUUUGAAUACACAACAGAUAAGGAGCCCAGGGGAAUCAUCCCAUUGGAAAAUCUCAGCAUCAGGGAAGUGGAAGACCCCAGGAAACCCAACUGUUUUGAGCUUUAUAAUCCAAGCCACAAAGGGCAGGUCAUCAAAGCCUGUAAAACGGAAGCUGAUGGCCGCGUGGUGGAAGGGAACCAUGUUGUGUACCGGAUCUCCGCCCCAAGCCCUGAGGAGAAGGAGGAAUGGAUGAAAUCCAUCAGGGCAAGUAUCAGUAGGGAUCCCUUCUAUGACAUGCUGGCCACAAGGAAACGAAGGAUUGCCAAUAAAAAAUAGAACUUGCCUGGCUCAAGCAGGUGGAAGUAAAGACCCAACCCCCAGAGCAGAAAG